AUGUUGUCGGUGAGACAAGUUGAGGAGCGGCUCUAUAGCUUUCAGAGUCUGAAGGAGAAGUUUGAACAGCCGAGAUUCGGUGGUGGGGUUCAAAGAAGCGCCACACAUGCCGAUAUGCCGCAUCGAGGGGGCACAAUUGCCGAAAGGCUUGCUGCGCUACAAGCGGCGGGGGCGAACGAUUGGCGAGCAAGGGUCUGCCGUUUGAGUCCCGAGCGAGACGACUCCAAAGCGAUAGAGCGCGCUAAGAACCGGAUUAAUGUGAGUACUAACUCUUGA